UGCACAACGCUGAAGAGAAGUGAGUGAAAGAGCAUCGUCCAGCUCAGAAUUGAUGAAGCUUUGGACGCAGUCUGCAGCCUUUCCUCGUGGCAGGAAAGAGAAAGCAGAAGUCAAAGGGAAAGUCUCGAGUCAGACUGGACGGCGGGCGUUCAAACUGGACCGAGGGACCAAAACAACAGCAACAACUUCACUCUGAAGAAUCAUCCGUGGACAAAAGAUAUGGACCUCAACACAGCUCCUCUCGUCUCCUACGGCAACGGCAGCAGCAUCAAUGCCUCUUGUUCCCGUGACAAUGUUGUGAAGACGGUGAUUUUUCCCGUCCUCUACGCCGUCCUCUUUCUGGUGGGGCUGUCGCUCAACUGCCUGGCGGUGUGGGUGUUCUUACGCAUCCCCUCACGCUCUCACUUUGUCAUAUACCUGAAGAACGUGGUGGUCGCUGAUGUCAUCAUGACCCUCACCUUCCCGUUCAAGGUGUUAUCCGACUCCAACAUGGCCUCCACCGGUUUGCGGAUAUUCGUGUGCCGGGUCUCAUCAGUGCUCUUUUACCUCACCAUGUACAUAAGCAUCCUCUUCUUCGGCCUUAUCAGCAUCGACCGCUGCAGGAAGACACUCGAUCCCUUCAAGGGCACCAACACGGCGCGCCUGGCUCGUCGGAAGCUCCUUUCCGCCGCGGUCUGGAUCUUCCUGCUGGCUCUCUGCCUUCCCAAUGUGGUCCUAACCAGCAAAAAGCCACCUUCACCGUACUUCAAGUGCAGCGACCUGAAGGACCAGGCUGGGCUGUACUGGCACGAGGUGGUCAAUCACGUGUGUCAGGUCAUCUUCUGGGGCAACCUGGUGAUAGUAGUCCUGUGUUACACUCUUAUCACCAAAGAACUCUACAAGUCCUACUCCCGCACCAAGUCUCACCGCCCCGAUGGGCAUCAAACCCAUCAAGCCAAGAGGAAAAUGAACACAAACGUUUUUCUGGUCCUGGCCGUGUUCUUCGUGUGUUUCGUGCCUUUCCACUUCGCCCGCGUGCCGUACACCAUGAGCCAGACCAGAGACCUUCUCUUCCACUGCCGACUCAAGCUCUUCUUCUUCCAGCUGAAGGAGAGCACGCUCUUCCUGUCCUCGCUCAACUCCCUCCUGGACCCGCUCAUCUACUUCUUCCUCUGCAGGUCCUUCAGGACCACCUUGUUCAAGAUCCUGCGGCUGAACCCCGGUACUUGCAGCCGGCUGCUGGGGAGGACGUCGGAGAGUGACUCGUGCAGCACGGUUUAGCUCCAAAUAUGUGGUUUGCGGCGUACUAUCACAGUUUUCCCAACAUACUGUUGUAUGUAAAUAAUUUAUUUCGUUUUUUUGAGCAUGAAAAUGGCUAAAUGAAGUAAAAAUCAAACAUAAGGCAUUCAGAAGACGCAUUCAAAGAUACUGUGAAUGAAAUGUAGUAUUCAAUACUGGCCACUAGGUGUCUAUAAAAGCCCAAACUCAACACAGAACUCAUCACUUCUUCGGGGAACGCAUUUCUGGUAUGUGUGUCAUUUAUGUAUUUAUGUGCGUCUAAAAUGUCUUAUUUUGACUAAAUAUGUCUACAAAAUUGGAUAAUCUGAAUAUAAAGGUGACUAUAGGGGUGUUAUUUCUUGUCUAAAGGGCUCUAAUAAUGUUUUUAAAACAUGUAUGUACUGUGCUUGGUGGUAAACAGGUUUUCUAUACUCUAUACCAAAAUAUUCAAUUUAUAAAAAAGAAAUUCUACUUUGUGGAAAUUCAGUAAAAAAAAAAAAUGUAAUUGAUGCAACAAAUACAUCAUUAAAAUUGUUAUUCUGUUGUUAUUUUUGAGUAAUAUAAUAUAAAUAAAUGAAACAUUUAAACAAAUAAAAUAAAUAAUUAAUUAAAUUUAAUAUUUUAAAGUAUCUUUUUGACAUGCAUUAUUACAUGUCUUUUUUAUUUUUUAGAAUUAUUUUGUUUAUAAUUUUCAAAUAAUUUAAAUAUAUGAAACGUUUAAACAAAUAUAUAAAAAUAAAUAAGUAUCUAAAUAAAAUAAUUGAGUAUAGUAGCAAUAAGAGGUUUUAUAUACUUUAACUGUGAAACUAUUCAAUUUCUAAGUAACCACAAUAAAUGAGGGAUUACUGUAUAUAAAAACAAUUCAGCAAAUUUCAGUUAAUACAUUUGUAUUUUUCAAAUAUUUAAUACAUAUUUCAAUAUGAUUUCUAUCUUUAAUAUACUUUUUUUUAAUCUGGUUCCCUACAUACCAUUAGAUGUAGCCUGCAUCUUACCAAUGGAACAAGGAUCAGAGAAUCAAUGUACUAAGAUUCCUUUAUUGUCCAUGUGUAUAUAUGCUGUAUAUAACAAAAAAGCCCACAUUUAAACACAUUAAUUGCAUUUUUUCGGUUUCCAUCGCCCAUAAGUGGCGUGAUGUUUUGAUUUCCUUGCUGAGUCUGAGUGAGCAUUGUUUCUGCAAUCAACUGUAAACACAACCCAGCAUAUAUGACAUGUAUAAACUCCAUAUCAAUAAAACCAAACUGUCAUAUUUGCUUUUUGGAUCAAUUAAAAUAACAUGAAAUGUGGUUUGUAGACCUUGACUAUAACAUGGAUUGACCCCAUUUACUUGCUGAAUAGUCGACUCUACUGUAAACUGUCUGCUAUUCAUAUUCUUGAUGCGGUGUACAGUACUGCCCUCUAGUGCUGAAAGCAUGUAGGACAGCUACUCUCAAUCUUUUGGAAGCUUUGUAAUUCUCUGGUUGGUUCUGCUAUCAUGAUUAAAUCUCACUCUGUAUUGAG